AUGGCUACCCCCAAAAUGACUCUAAAACUUCUAGUCGACAAGAAAGUGCAAAGAGUGUUAUUUGCAGAAACCAACAAAGAAUUUGUGGAUUUUCUUUUCCACAUCUUCUCUUUACCUCUAGGCACCCUCAUUGAGUUCGUGGGAUCCAAAAAAAUGGUGGGAUGCUUAGGGAAACUAAAAGAAAGCAUCGAAACUUUCCAAGGAACCUACCUUCAACCUGGCAUUAAAAAGGAUGAUAUCUUCAACCCAAAAACACCUUAUAGUGGAAACACGUUUUUGUUGUCUUAUAAGGUUCCUUCUGUUGAUGAAUCCGGUGCAUCUAAAGCAAUUUACAGGUGUUCCAAUGCGUCAAUAAUUUGCUCAUGCUAUAACCGCUAUGCAACAUGUCGGUCAAAUGCGAGUGUGUAUGCUAAUGCAACAUGUCCUAGUUGCUGUGGUUCCAUGAAAGUUAAGAUGGCUUCCAUCAUGCCAAAGGAGGAUGCAACCAAAGAGAUGGAAGAGCAAUCUCUGAACAAAAUGAAAGGAGGGUAUGUGAAGGAAUUUGUGACAUAUAUGGUGAUGGAUGAUUUAGUGGUGAAACCAAUGUCUACCAUUUCAAGCCUCACUCUCAUCAGUAAAUUUGGUGUCAAAGAUCUCAGCCAGCUUGAGGAGAAGAUGGUUUCUUUCGGAAAAGACGAGGGUUUGAAGCUGGUACAAACAUCUCUGGUGACGGAUAAAGUGUUGACAAGUAUCUAUAUGCAUUAG